CCCAAUUCCCCCAAACCACCUCUCUCUCUGCCUCUCUCUCUGCCUCUCUCUCUCUCUCAAUGAUGGCGGAGAGAAACAAGUAUGAAGACGACGAGGGUGGAAUCAAGCUAUUUGGGACAACAAUUACGUUGCAAAACAAGAGGCAAAUGAAAGAAGAAGACACCAACAAAUCAGAAUCAGCUGAAAAAAAACCGGACAAGAUGAUUCCUUGCCCAAGAUGCAAAAGCCCCGACACCAAAUUUUGUUAUUUCAAUAACUACAACGUUAAUCAGCCAAGACAUUUCUGUAAGGGCUGCCAGAGAUACUGGACGGCCGGUGGCGCCCUCCGCAACGUCCCCGUCGGAGCCGGCCGCCGGAAAACCAAGCCUCCUUGUCGGACCUUUGAUGGGUUGCCGGAGAAUUGUGUCUUUGAUUCUUCAGGGAUGGUGGCGGUGCAGCCGUUUGAGUUGGAGGAGUGGCACGGUGGUUUCAACCAAAUUUCACCGGUGAAGCGGCGGAGAGAUUGCCAAGAUGGUCAAACUUGUUGAUUCCUAUCCCUUUUUCCCUUUUUUUUUUUUGCUUUUGUGUCAAGAAUUUCAAAUUUGAAAGAAGAAACUUGUUUUUGUACAAAUAUAGACUUUGUUUAUAGUUUUUGGGAGAAAAAAGAUUGGAUUUUUAAUGCUAUGAUCUUGAUCAUCA